CCGCUACGAAUAUUUUCAUGAAAAUUAGGACGAAAAGUUGGAAAUAAUUACGAUUUCCUACUUUUUGUUAACACUUAUUCCACAAAAAAGCGAAUUGUAGCCCUACAGUGAUGGAUGCUUUAGAAACAGAACAUGAUCACCCGAUCCCUCAAAACUUAGGUCAAGAGGCGGGGACAUUGCCAACGACAUGCUCUGCUGCCAUUGGUAGUGCUGAGAUGUCUGGCAGUGUAACAGAAACAGGUGGUACAUUUCCUGGAGAGGUGCCACCUUUGGUGAUGGUGGACACACCACGAGAUGAUUCCUCACAUAGUGAAUUGUCGGAUGUGCAGCCAAAUUCACCUAGCGUCAUUCACUUGGAACCUGGAUUUUCUCUUGUUGCUAAUUCUAUUGUUGUUGUGAAAUGUGACUUUGGUUCCAUCAAGCCACAGACGUACACAUACAACUUCACCAUAGUGAACACAACGACAGAGCUAAUUGAACUGAAUUAUCAGCCAAUUAUGCGCCCUCCGCCAUUCCAGCAAGAACAGCAAACACCGGAGCCAAUCAUUCCACUUCCAGGAGUUAUUCACUCUGCAGAAUCUGUUAGUGGUCUUCGAAUACCUAUCCCUAGAUUUGGGGGUGGUAUGUCAUCAAAACAUGGAAAGGUGGUCAAGGAAGAACCUGUUGACUUCUCUAUAACGAUGAAUGUAUCCUCAGACACUGAGAUGGAUACCUUACACGAUUUUGGAGGAGACAUGACCAGUGAUUCCCUUGACUCACAGAGGCAGUGCUUGAAUACAUCUGAUCGGACUUCAACUACAACUCUACAAGAUCAAGCGGUCGGUGUACCUCCAGAAGCACAUUCCAGAAAGCGUUCAGCUGCACAACUACCAUCAGCUCGCAUAUCUUCAGCAGCAGGAACUGUCCACAAAAGUGUCAAAGUGAUCGAUUCCCCUCAAGAAACACUGUCCUUUGAUUUGACAAGUUCGGCUGUCCCACAGUUAACAUGUAGUCUUCAAUCGUCUACUGAUUCAGGUACAGUCAGAGAAGUGGUCGAUUUACCUCAAGCAACACUGCCCUUUGAUAUGACGAGUUUGCCUGUCCCACAGAUUAGUCUUCCAUCGUCUACUGAUACAGGAAUGAUAAGUGAAGGUACUACCAUCCCACGUGUACGAAGGAAGCUGUCCUUGAAAAAACAUGAUUCUUCGCCCUCUGCUACUCCUGCGUGUGGCGCCGACCCUGGGGAAGAUCUGAAAUGUAACAUUUGUGGGAAAGGUUUCGGACAAAAGCAGAGUUUAUUGCAAAGGCAUUUGUUGUCGCAUUCUGAGGGGAGAAGAUAUAUUUGUCAAUACUGUGAGAAAGAUUGUAAAACUAGAAAGGCUUUGACCAGUCACAUCCGCAUUCAUACUGACGUAAAUCGUUUCGUUUGUAAUAUCUGUGGACGAGCAUUCGUCCACAAAAAUGGAUAUAAAUAUCAUCUAAUGAGUCACACUGGCGAGAAACCAUGUAAAUGUACAUACUGUGAUAAGUCGUUUAGAUCGGCGUCUCGACUCAAUGACCAUAUAAAUAGUAUUCAUACUCAAGAGAGGAUAUAUCUGUGUGACAUCUGCGGAGUGGGAUUUCGAACAAAACGCCGGCUUACUUGUCACAGGAAAACACACGAACCCAAAUCAAGGGAUAAAGGAUUUUCAUGUGAAUAUUGUGAUAUGUUCUUCAGAACAGGGGUUUUACUGAAAAUACAUACUCGUACUCACACUGGGGAAAAACCAAUAAAAUGUAGACAUUGCGAAGAGAUGUUCUCGAGGCACAGCUCGCGUAUUGUGCAUGAACGUAUUCAUACCGGUGAAAAACCCUAUAAAUGCGACAAUGAAACCUGUGGGAAAACGUUCAGGCAGCGGAGGGCAUGGCUGGAUCACAUCAUUAUCCACACAGGAGAACGACCACAUAAGUGCACAUCGUGUGACAAAUCGUUUGCUACAAAAUCAACUCUUCGAAAUCAUCGAAGAGUACAUAAUAAGGAAGCAGAAGACACUCAGUCACUCGCUCAACGUGACAUUUCUAUGUCAGCUGUACCAACUGAGGCAGAGAACAAAAAUGUCUGAAAAGAUAACCAAAUGUAUCUUCUAACGAGGUAUAUAUUUUUGUUUUCUGUUAAGAGGUUAUACAGAGGAAAGUAGAACACUAGAGUAUUUUAAUUCACAUGACCCAGUACAGCAAAAUGAGUUUUUUUGCAAAAUGUUUUUACUGGGCAAGAGCAUUUGAAAUUUUAAUGCAGUGGAAAGGGCAUUUUGACGUACCAAUUCGUUACUGUCAAAUUGUAUAUUAUUCGAGCUACUUUUAAAAUAAGACCUUCUCAUCAUUCUGAAGACCAAGAAUUUUUGGAAUAUUUUACAUUGAGUAGAAAAUCAAUCACUGGUUUUGUAUUGAAUUGAAUCAUUUGUGUGACUACCAAUUUUGGAACUGUAAACCCCAUUUUGCUUGCCCUAAAUCAAGAGAUUAGUCAAGAAUUCUGAGUCAAAAUGUCAAUGACCAUGUAUGUAUUAUUAAACCAUCUACAUUGUAUGUAGUGUGAUGAUCACAUUCAAACGUUUUUAGACACCUACAUGUGAGUAGUGUUCCAGCUAGAAAUAUUGAAAUGGCAGAACAGAAGAUGGCACAUUGGCCAGUGAGGACAAAAGGUUGGGCAAUAUUAAAAAGAGAAAUUUAAAAAGGGCACGGUGCUGCACCCUGCUAAAUCUCUUUAGCUGAAACACGACUACAUGUAAGUUGUGGUGUAUCUUGGUUAUGCUGUAAAUAUUGGUAGUUUAUAGUGUUAUUUUGUGAAUUUUGAAUGACUGAACAGCUGUUUACGAAGAUGUGAAAAAAAGAUGUAUCACAAUCCAAUAGCAACAGUGUAUCUAAAGCCCCAUAAAAAGACUGUUGGUAACUUAGUGAAAAAGACCCAGCUGCAUCGCCUCUGGCAUAAAAUUGUUUUUUAUUUGCUUAUUUCCGAAUUCAGUCGUCAAAUUCGUUUCUAUUAGAAUCGUUUCGAUAUUUUUUGUAUUAUAUGUACAUGUAUCAUAUUAUAACAGAUUUACUUGAUGAUGUUUUACUGGUUGUAAAAGAAAAAGGGACCCUACCUGUUGUUAGAUGAUUAUACCGCACCCCUGAACUAAAAUGGUUCCACAACAUACAUGUUUCAUGAAGAACUGAUACAGGUGGACUCUCUCCUCAAGCAGCACAUAUUUUCUUGUGUCUUUCUCCAACUAAAAGGUCACGGUCUCCUCAUCCUGACAAUAUCAGGCCAUUUCACUCGAUACAUACUUACUCGGAAACAUGCAUAAGGAGAAGUCAUGUUGUAGACCCUGUUUGCAAGAGGAUGCGGUCUCCUAUGCAAUUGUCUCUAGUCUAUCGAUCUAGAUGCUGGAUACACCAGAGUGCCUGAUAAAGGCUUAGACCUGAAAAGUCUCUGAGACAGAUUUGGCCACUGACAGUCAAACUCAAGUGGAAGCAACCCCAAAACAGGAGAAAGUCAAUUCAAGUGUAAAUACCCAGAUUGGGGCAAAGCUUUCAAACAGUGGUUAGGGUUGGAUUCUAAUGUCCACUCUGUGCAUAUUGGGAAAAGGGAACAUUUGUGUGAAAAUGUGGACUUGUGAGUGCAUCAGCCAAAGACAGAUGAAAGGCCUUUUCAGUGCAAAUCCUGCCUAAAGGCAUUCGGGACCAGACAUUUACCAGAGCCUUGGCUCUCAUACAGCAGAAGAAUGUAGGAGAGCACUUUGAAAUGAAGUGCCACACCAGAUAAAAUAUCCAAGGGAAAGACACGAGGAAAAAUCUUAUUUGUAUGAAAAACUGAUACCUUAUGUGUGCAUCAUUUUAUCGUUGCAGUUGAAGCCAUUUGGAAAGAUUUAAUAAAGACUCCACAACAAAGUUUGAACUCUGGCGCUCUUCGCAUGAU